AUGGCGGUGAAGAGGAUACAGAAGGAAUUAUUAGACCUUGGUAGAGACCCACCCUGUAACUGUUCAGCAGGACCUGUGGGGGACGACAUAUUCCAAUGGCAGGCUACAAUUCUGGGCCCUGCCGACAGUCCUUACCAGGGAGGUGUAUUUUUCCUCACAAUAACUUUCCCAUCGGAUUAUCCUUUUAAACCACCAAAGGUUGCAUUCUCAACAAAGAUUUACCAUCCCAACAUCAACAGCAACGGCAGCAUUUGCUUAGACAUCCUUCGAAGCCAAUGGUCCCCAGCUCUCACCAUAUCAAAAGUGCUCCUGUCCAUCUGUUCCUUGCUGACAGAUCCGAACCCAGAUGAUCCGCUGGUACCAGAAAUCGCCCGUACAUUCAAGACAAAUCGUACAGAAUACAACAGAUUAGCAAAAGAAUGGACAGCCAAAUAUGCAGAGUGA